AUGGGGUUCAGAUUCCACACAGUGUUUCACCAUGCAAAACACAUAGUUCGCGCUCAUCAUCAUUCUUCCUCUUCUUCUUCCUCUUCCUCUUCCUCUUCUUCGUCAGCAUCAAAGCUGAAAAUUCAUGUGCCAAAGGGCCACAUUGCUGUUUAUGUGGGUGAGAAAGAUCUGCAGAAAAAUCGCUUUGUCGUCCCGAUUUCUUACUUGAAUCACCCUCUGUUUCAAGACCUGCUGAGGAGCUCAGAAGAAGAAUAUGGAUUUGUUCAUCCAAUGGGAGGCUUAACAAUUCCAUGCAGUGAAAGAGCAUUCAAGAAUGUGACUUCUUAUUUGAAUGAGUUGCAGAGGGACUAG